AUGACGAUAAUCAUUGCAUCGUCGCCAAUAUGGCGUGCUACUUUUUCACGGCCCGCCAGCAAACUCUCCAUUCUUCAACGAUGCAAAUUCUCCUCCUAUCUUGUUACGCCUCAAGAGCUCCAUCAAGCUCUCAGCAAGAAUGCUCCCAGUACCAUUUCGACCGCCCCGAAAACCAUUCCUAUAUGUGCUGCAUGGUUCAUGCCUAAUGAUCCGGAAAAGAGAACUGGUCUCGAGACGUUCAAGAAGAAGCGCAUCCCCUCAGCACGAUUCUUUGACAUAGAUGAAAUCAAAGACGCCGAGUCGGACUAUCCACAUAUGCUGCCCACUUGCGAAGCAUUUGCAGACGCCAUGUCACGAAUGGGAAUCAAGAGAGAUGAUGAGCUGGUUGUCUACGACACAGAAGAGUUGGGUAUCUUUUCGGCUCCAAGAGUAGCGUGGACCAUGCGUGUUUAUGGCCACCCCAAAGUUCAUCUGUUGAACAACUUCCGGAUAUGGGUCAAAGAAGGUCUGCCAGUGGAGACAGGUCCUCCGGAAGUGCCAAACAUCACCAAAUACCCUACUCCCAGCUACAACACAGAUAUGGUGGUGAAAUAUGCCGAGAUGAAGACAAUUGGUUACGAUCACGGUAAAGAAGGUGCUGAGGAUUUUCACAUACUUGAUGCACGUUCUAAAGGUAGAUUCGACGGGACUGAUCCUGAACCACGACCCGGCUUAAGUUCUGGACAUAUGCCUGGUGCGACCAGUGUUCCAUUUCAGGAACUUCUCGACCCCGAGACAAAAGCUCUGCUUCCUGCUGAAGAAUUGCGAAAGGUGUUCGAAUCAAAGAAUCUUGACCCCAAGAAACCAAUCAUUACAACUUGUGGUACAGGUGUCACAGCGGCGGUCAUCGAGGCUGCUUUAAGGGAGGCGGAUUUUGGAUCGGAGAAUGAUCGCAGAGUCUAUGAUGGUAGCUGGACGUAA